UCAAGAGCCUGCGCGAGGCGCGCCAGAGCAAGGUCCUCGCCGGCCUCGAAAUGAUCAAUGCCGACCACCUCGAGGUGAGGAGCGCAGCGUAGCCUAGCCUAGCCUGGCCUUCUCCUUCACUCCAGAUCGUGUGUGUGUGUAAUGCUGAUGCAAAAAGAGGAGCGCAGAUGACAAAUAUCUCGAGGGGCGAGAUCACCGAGCUGCGACACUUUUUCACAGACGCUUUCGAGCAUCUCCGCGCACUGCAGCGCGCCGCUCACGAGCCAGACGGACCGGGAGGCGCAGGCGCAGGCGCAGAGGCAGGGGCAGGGGCAGGGGUAGCAGCGGCGGCAGGGAUAGGUGGCAACAUGGGCGAAGGCGCGAUGGGCCAUGAUUGGAGCUUCACUGGGUCGGGCACUGGAGCGUACGAUACAACGACGACGACGACGACGACGAUGUCGGCAGGGGCAGGGGGAGAUCGCGGAGACACGACACUGGCGACGAGCUAUGCCCUCGACGACAGCAGAGAAGCAGCGACGGCGAGAAAAGCGAGAGCCUCGAGCCCUUCUCGUCAGCCUCAAGGCGAGGCUAGAGGGCAAGAAAGCCAGCAGCAGCAGCAGCAGCAGCAAGACUCAAUGGACCAGAACAGCAUGGACCUUUUCUGAUCAUGAGUGGAGAGGAAGACGUCCUCGUCCUCGUCGUUGCAAAUGUACAGUGUUUCUCUUGUAAUAGUACACAUCGAGGUCUCCAAAACAGGGGGGGAUAACAAAUGGAAU